AUGUCGGCUCUCUCUAGGCUGGCCAGGCUUUGUUUCCUGGGAUACGUCGUGCUUGCAGUAUUAUAUACGACGAACUUCUACUUGCUAUCCCCAUUACUGGCACUAUCGCACUCAGCUCUCUCGUCUUCGGUAUCUCCUUGGUCACAGUUCUCCGUUUCGUUCGAAGACAAACCUCUCGAAGUAGCUUCCAAGCUCGGCUCUUCCAGAGAAACCGGCCUGUCUCUCCCUGUAGAUUUCUCUGACGCUCUCUGGCCAGAAGACAUCUCUUCCUCUGCGGAGCCGUUCAUCUUCCCUAUCUCUGAGCUCGUCCACCGACUCGGCAUGGACCACGCGACUCGAACAUCCAUCCACGAGGCGACACUGCUCAGCAAGGCAUUCGCAGGUGCGCUGCACCCAACGCGCGUAAUCCCGUUCUAUUACCGUGCGACUGGCUCGGCGGGCGCGGACGAUGUCACAAUCACGACGCUCGUGACGCGCAACAGAUUCAAGGUAUUCCGCCAGCUCGUGGAGAGGUACCGCGGCCCCAUCUCGGUACGGUGCACAUACCCUUUCCCGCUGCAGCGCCUGCACGCGCUCUACAUGUCCUCGCCGCUAUUCUCAAUGUACGUCGACGUGCAUCUCGCGCUGUCCCCUUUCGCCGCUCUGCGCACGGUGGGAGAGGGAGAGGGCGGGAGGCAGUUCAACGUCUGGAGGAACGUCGCAAGGCUUUUCGCAAGGACCGAGUUCAUCAUGAUGCUAGAUGUUGAUUUCGCCAAACUAUCGCGCGGCGAUGUCAUGCAACGUCUCAGGGAAGGUCGUGCCGCGCUCGUGGUGCCUGCGUUCGAAUAUACGAACCUCGCGGACGGAGUUGAUCAGAGGACCUUCCCGACAGACAAGGAGAGCCUCCUCCGCUUGGCACAAGCUGACCCGCCGAAGAUCGCCGCGUUCCACGCGAUCGGGGAGGUAUUCCGGGUAGCGCAGUACCAAAGCGCAUACGAGCCCUAUGUAAUAGUGAGCAAACGGGUGUCUUGGUGCGACGAACGCUUCACGGGGUACGGCGCGAACAAGGCGGCGUGCCUGUUCGAGAUGUACCUCAGCGGUGUCUCGUUCUAUGUCAUGGCGGACCAUUUCGUCAUCCACCAGACGCAUACAUACGAGGAGGCUGCGCGCCGAGAAGAGGUACGGACCCUGCAUAUGCCUUCCCGCACGUACCUGUUCCGAUACGCCCACGAGGGUGUAUUGCAUACGCCGCGAGGUUUCAAUGUACAGGAAGAAUGCAAGAAGCUCAAAGGUGUCGCGAGGAUUGCUGCCCAGGUGAGGCAUGCCGUCCGAUGA